GAACCACGUGGGUCCCGGGCGCGUUUCGGGUGCUGGCGGCUGCAGCCGGAGUUCAAGCCUAAGCAGCUGGAAGGGCCCUGUGGCUAGGUACCAUAGCCCUACACAGGAGUAAAUCAGCCUGGUAUGCAGGCCGGAGACCGGUGGGGAGGCAGACACACAAAAAGAAAUUGGACUACAGUGUUAAGAUGCUGUUAGAAGAGGUUAACUAAAGGACAGGAAGAUGGGGCCAAGAGGUGGUGCUACUGUCUACAUUAGGGAUUGUCUUUCAAGGCGAGGGGCCUCCUAUCUCAAGCUGUGAUACCGGGACCAUGGCCAACUGUGAGCGUACCUUCAUUGCAAUCAAACCAGAUGGGGUCCAGCGGGGUCUUGUGGGAGAGAUUAUCAAGCGUUUUGAGCAGAAAGGAUUCCGCCUUGUUGGUCUGAAAUUCAUGCAAGCUUCUGAAGAUCUUCUCAAGGAACACUACGUUGACCUGAAGGAUCGUCCAUUCUUUGCCGGCCUGGUGAAAUACAUGCACUCAGGGCCGGUAGUUGCCAUGGUCUGGGAGGGGCUGAAUGUGGUGAAGACAGGCCGAGUCAUGCUCGGGGAGACCAACCCUGCAGACUCCAAGCCUGGGACCAUCCGUGGAGACUUCUGCAUACAAGUUGGCAGGAACAUUAUACAUGGCAGUGAUUCCGUGGAGAGUGCAGAGAAGGAGAUCAGCCUGUGGUUUCACCCUGAGGAACUGGUAGAUUACAUGAGCUGUGCUCAGAACUGGAUCUAUGAAUGACAGGAGGGCAGACCACAGUGCUUUUCACAUCCAUUUCCCCUCCUUCCCAUGGGCAGAGGACCAGGCUGUAGGAAAUCUAGUUAUUUACAGAAACUUCGUCAUAAUUUGGAGGGAAGCUCUUGGAGCUGUGAGUGCUCCCUGUACAGUGUUACCAUCCCCUACCAUCUGAUUAAAAUGCUUCCUCCCACCA